AUGAUUGAUCAAUCCACCUGCCUUACGUUAGGAGCAAAUUAUUCGACUCCUGCAACAUCAUCAUUUUCUGAAAAUCUUAGUUGUGAUAUUUCUUCAAUAAAUAAUCAAGCCAAUUUGUUUUCACCGGUAGAAGUUUUGACUCAUAAUGAAGGAAAUGUUGAUGAAUCACCUAACAUAUUACCUGAGUUAUGCAGUGAGUCAAAUAAUUACGGCCGAAGGAUAGUCGAUAUUUUUUAUAUAUUUGAUCAAAUUAAGAAAUGCGUACAUGAAGGUGGUUGUGGUUGUACUUUCAUGGACAUGGAACUCUUAUACGAAAGACGAUUUGGGUUACGAUCAAAUUUUACGUUUUCGUGUAAAAUGUGUAAGAUAGUGCGUAUUAUUGAGUCUGAAGAAGAAAGACCAAAAUCAUACAUGCCAAUCAAUGAAGCUGCUGUGAGUGGUUCAAUUUCUAUAGGCAUCGGCCAUUCCCAGCUAGAAGAAAUUUGUGCUACAAUGGACAUUCCAAGCAUGACUAGUAACACGUUUAUAAGAAAUCAUGAUAUUAUUGGAAAAAAGAUUCACGAAAUAGCUGAGAACGUUAUGAAGAUUGCUGGCGAAGAAGAACGAAAAUUAGCUAUAGAAAAUGGAGAUAUUGACAGUGAUGGUAUUCCUAUGUGCACAGUUGUAGCAGAUGGGCAAUGGGGAAAAAGAAGCUAUAAAACAAAAUAUGACGCUUUAUCUGGUGCAGCUACGAUAAUAGGAUAUAGAACAAAAAAAAUUUUGUUUAUCGGUAUAAGAAAUCGAUACUGCGUUAUUUGUCAAAAAUCGUUAAAUAAAAAAGAGCCAAUACCGACACACGUUUGUUUUAUGAACUGGUCUAAAUCUGCGACAGGCAUGGAAGCUGAUGCUGUAAUGGAAGGAUUUAAACGGAGUGUGGAAAUGCACGGAUUAAAAUAUGAUAAAAUUAUAGGCGAUGGAGAUUCUAGUGUAACAAAACGUUUAAAGGAAAGUAUGCCAUAUGGACCCAAGUUCAUAAUUGAAAAAAUAGAAUGUCGUAAUCAUUUAUUACGAAAUUACGGAACAAAAUUAAUGGCUGUUAUAAAAAAUAUCAAAUAUCCUAUAAUCUUGAGAAAACACAUAAAAAAAAAUUUGAAGCGUUUUAGAUUUGCGAUUGUAAAAUCAAUUGAUUACAGAAAUAAAUUGCAAAAUCAAUCCACAAGUCAAAAGAUAAAUGGAUUACGUAAAGAUAUCAACAACAGUUUUCAACACAUUUUGGGUGAACAUAGUCAAUGCGAAUUAUAUUUUUGUAAAGGUGCGAAAGAAAAUGAAAAAAAUUUAUUGAAUGAAGCACAACAAUCUGGCAUGGUUCAAGAAAUUGUACAAAUCAUCGGACGAUUAACAACUAAUGCUAAUAGUCUUUUGAUGAACGUAGACAAUAAUGUAUGCGAGCAGUUCAACAGCAUUAUAAACAAACAUUUAGCUGGAAAACGUAUCAACUUUUCUCAGCGUCAUUCAUACAAUACACGAGUGGAAGCUGCUGUUAUAUCACAUAAUACUGCUGGACAACUGUUGAGAUGUUUACAUAAAAAUGCUGUGAAUGAUAUAAGUCCAGGAUGUGUUGGGAAAAAUUUUUUGAAAGCCAAAUUAAAAAAAAAAGCUCUUUCUAAAAAUAGAAGAACACUUUUUCCUAUAAAAAAAGGAAUAGGAAAAAAAUUAACUUUUGGUCCAGACGAGCAUUAUGGUUUAGCUGAACCUCUCGUCGACGAAUUUACAGAAAAUGAUAUAGAAUCAAAAAAACUGACAUUUUUAAGUUCCCUUGUUCUUGAUGAAAAUGGUAGAAUAAUAUUAGAGGAAGAAACAAGAGAACAACACAAUUCUUCUCGGUGGCACGCUGAAAGAAGAAACCGUCUCACAGCAUCAAAUUUUGGUAACAUAUGCAAACGAAGACCACAGACAUCAUGUAAAAAACUUGUUUAUAAUUUACUAUACCAUCAAUUUUCUACUAAAGCCACGGAGUAUGGAAAAUCUAUGGAACCUCAAGCAAUUAAAAAAUUUGAAGAAAUUAGUGGUAAAAAAAUAAUGUCUUGUGGUCUUUUUAUUGAUGAAAAUACGUCUUAUUUUGCCGCCACGCCUGAUGGAUUAAUAAUUGAAGAUGACUCAUUAAUUGAGAUAAAAUGUCCCUAUUCUGCCAAAGAUUAUUGUAGUUGUAUUGAUGCUGUGAAGGAUAAAAAGUUGCCGUUUUUAAAAUACGACAAACACACUGAAAACAUAAAAUUAAAAUCUGAUAAUAAUUAUUAUUAUCAGAUUCAGGGUCAGAUGCACAUUUGUAAAAAAAAGUCAUGUCACUUUUUCGUUUUUUCUGACAAAUGGACUUAUCAUGAAAUCGUGAUGUAUGAUCAUGAUUUUUGGUUACAAAUGGAAAAAAAAUUAGAUCUUUUUUAUCAAGAAUGUUUAUUGCCAGAGAUAAUUAAUCCACAGUACAGUAGACGAAUGUUUCUAUCGGAUAUUAAAGAUCCACCACAUAUAAUAACUGCGAAAAAGAAAUAA